CAAAAAACUCAUUUUUCGAGAUAUGGAUAAUUUGGACGCAGCUAAUACGACGUGCUCAGCCUCGGCACUCACAAUACAAGUAGGCAUUAAUCUCACUUCUCCAUUGAUUCAAAACCCAGAAGUUCAACCACGUACGGAAGCUCACCAACUUCUUCGAAAUAUUGAUCCGAAAAAAAAAAAGGAAAAAGAAAUGGGAUCCGAGCAUGAGCACAUUGUUAUGCUACCAUUCUUGGCUCAAGGCCAUCUCAUACCAUUCCUAGAACUAGCAAGGAAAAUCCACCAAAGAAUUACCGGCUUCACCAUCACCAUAGUCAGUACGCCUCUCAAUAUCCACUGUCUCCGUUCCACCAUUUCCUCCCACUCCAACAUUUACCUCGCUGAGCUCCCUUUCUGUAGCACCGACCACUGCUUACAACCCGACACUGAGAAUACCGAGAAACUGUCUUCCAAUAAUGAUCUGUUGACCUUCCAUCAUGCAUCGGUGACACUAGAAGCUCCUUUCCGCAGCCUAGUCCAUGAUAUCAUGGAACAAGAUGGCCAGCCCCCACUUUGUAUAAUAUCCGAUGUGUUCUUUGGGUGGGCAGUGAAUGUUGCGAAAAGUGUAGGCAGUAAAAGUGUUACUUUCACCACUUGUGGUGCCUAUGGCACUGCGGCUUACAUGUCUUUUUGGCUCAAUCUUCCGCACCGUCAUACGGAUUGCGAAGAAUUCACGCUGCUGGGGUUUCCUGAUAGCCACCGCUUCCAUCGCUCACAUCUGCAUCAAUCAGCAAAAGCUGCAGAUGGUGCCGAUACGUGGUCUACAUUUAUGCAGUCGCAGAUUUCACUUUCUUUAGGGUCUCAAGUUUGGCUGUGUAACACUGUCGAGGAAAUCGAACCUUUAGGAUUGGAAGUUCUCAGAAAAUAUCUCAAACUUCCCGUUUGUGCAGUUGGUCCUGUCCUUUCCUCAGCCGCGCUUAAGAAAGGCUCGUACUCCUCCCCUUUUGGCUCCAAUACUGUGUGUCAACGUACAGGUAAGAAACCAGGAAUAUUCCCCCAAAAUUGCUUUGAGUGGCUCAAUAUACACGGUCCAGAUUCCGUUCUUUAUAUUUCGUUUGGUUCUCAGAACACUAUCAGUGCCUCCCAGAUGAGGGAGUUAGCGCUAGGUUUGGAAGUUUGUGGUAAACCGUUCAUUUGGGUCCUGAGGCCACCUAUCGGUUUCGACAUGAAAGGUGAAUCCAGAGGGGAUUGGCUGCCAGAAGGGUUCGAAAAACGAAUGACUGAAAGCCAACAAGGCUUGUUAGUGCACAACUGGGCGCCCCAGCUGGAGAUUCUGGCACACGAAUCUACCGGAGCGUUUUUAAGCCAUUGCGGGUGGAAUUCGGUGUUGGAGAGCUUGAGCCAGGGAGUUCCUAUUAUAGGGUGGCCUAUGGGGGCGGAGCAGACAUACAACACGAAGAUGCUUGUGGAGGAAAUGGGCGUGUGUGAGGUGUUGGCGCGGGGAGUGCAGUGUGAUGUUGCAGGGAAGGAAGUGACGAGAGUGAUAGAGUUGGUCAUGGACAAGAAGAAGGGGAAAGGGCUAGAGAUGAAGAGGAAAGCUGAUGACAUAGGAGAGCGAAUAAGGGCAGCAGCAGCAAAGGAUGAAGAUGGAAAAGAUGGGUCUUCCAUUAAAGCAUUGGAUCAGUUUGUACGAACCAUUCUAACCAAGGCAACAUUAGACCUACCUGCAUAGUGAUCAAGAUAUACACAGUAGAUCGAUAUUGCAGAUGAGUUUUUGAUGGGAUCGACAUAUAAUCUCUUCAGAGUCUAGAGCUUGUCCUUGUUAGAUGAGUAUAAUAUUUAAUCUCAAUCUUUGAUCGAGUACUAUAUAAUAUGAUCUUUAUCAACUC